UUUUAGUUUAUUUUUCGAUUUCAAUGACUUUGAUAUUGGUAGGAUCAAUCAUUAGACGAUGCUUCACAACACAACAUAACAAACGAACAAUUAUUGAUGUUCAGAAAGCUCUGGAACAUCACGUAUCACUUAUCAAAAGAAAUGAUGCAAUGACAAAUAAAGUGAAGAAGUUCGAGAGCCGAAUGAUGAACGAUAGCCGUGAUCAGGUGUUGAUACCAUUAAGCUUAAAAAGUUCAAGUAAGGAAUUUCAUACUCAAUAUAUCAGUUGGCGUAAUCGUGUACGUUUUGGCAAGCUUCUCGAAGAUCUCGACACAUUCGCUGUUUGGUUAGCUUAUCGACACAAUCAAGGAGAAAUACAUUUACAAAAUUCGGUGGAUUUUGAACCGAUAACAUUCGUCACAGCAUGUGUUGAUCAUAUCAGAAUGGAUGAUCAAUACGAAAUAGUGCUUGAUGAAGAUAUUUAUAUGGAUGGUUUCGUAAGUUGGGUAGGCAGAUCAAGUCUUGAAACUUCAAUGCAACUUUCUCAAAAUAUUAAUGGUGUAACAAACAAAUUUUUACAAACAAAAUUUGUAAUUGUUGCACGAGACAUUGAAGGUAAACAAUCGUUACCCAAUAUUCCAUUGAUAGUUACAAAUGCUAAAGAGGAAGCAAUUUUUAAUGAAGGAAAAGAAGGUCAAACGUUGCGUAAAUUGAAUGAAGAAUGUUCGCUGCUGAAGAAACCACCUAAUGAAAGCGAAAUAAAAAUAUUACAUGAUAUUUUCAUAAAAACCAUUCAAUCUGGAGGUCAAAAAGGUCAUAGCCGAAUCCUACCACCUAAUCAUGUAUGGAUUCAUGAUGCUCGUCUUAGCAAUACCAUUGUUUGUUAUCCAAUAAAGCGAAAUAUAUAUGGUAAAAUAUUUGGUGGUUUUCUAAUGCGAAAAGCUGUAGAAUUAGCUUGGUCCAAUGCAUCUUUGUUCAGCGGAAAUCGUUGUCGUAUAUGUGGUAUGGAUGACAUUAUGUUUCGUAGAAGCGUAGAUGUUGGUUCAAUCCUUUUGCUUACAAGCCAGGUAUGUUACAAUACUGAUCAUUACAUGGAAGUUGUUGUUGAUGCUGAAGUUUUAGAAGUUAUGACCGGAAACCGUGAAUUAACAAAUACAUUUUAUCUAACAUUUCAUUCGAAUCGUAUCGUACCAACUGUCGUACCGUAUUCAUACUCAGAAGGAAUGCUUUACUUGGAUGCAAGACGACGUUUGGAUGAAUUCUUUUCGCAACAUCACACGGUAAUUCAAUAA